UAUCAUUUCACCACGGUGAAAUAUAUUUCGAGUGUUCUGUAUUUUUCAAAUUUACCACAUAUUUCACCUUCAUUUGAUCACUUUCUGUAUGACAUUUUCAGUCAAUGUUUUCAAAAACAAAACAGUCGAAGUUUUGUAAAUUAAAAUUUCUGCUUCUCAGUUUUCUUUCUGGGAAACUAGAAAAGUUCGGUGUGGCUGAUAUAACGUUUCACCAUAACGAGUGUAUAUACAUAUAUAUUUUAUAUUUCGUAUUAAUUUGCAACCCUUGCAAAAAAUAAAUCGAUAUUAAAAGACGUGUUUGUUAAUUGUUCCAACUCCUCACAUUCAUGACGUGCGAUUUUUGUCCACGGAAGUGCACCCAACAGUUUCCAGCAUGUUUCCAGAUCUACCCCGGUUCUUCCGAAAAAAAGAACCCCGGCAAUAUACACGAUCUCCAUCUAUUUGCACAACGUAUUAAUCCGAAAUAUUACGAUGGCAUCGAAUUGGACUACGCCCAUCGACUUGCGGCCAACAAAAUUAUCACGUGCAAUUGGUUGUGGAGUCAUACUCGGCCCUCGGGAUUUCGUUUUGGCGGCAAUUAUUCUCUACGUCUAUAUGAUGAUUUUUUACAAACGCCAACAAUCAUGGCUGACAUCAACCCAACAACACUGGCUUCCAAUGUCAGUAUCGUUUUUUUCCCACACCACGCAUUACGACUGGAGGCUGCCAUGCAACGUGCCGCUGAAGAUUUGCCGUUAGAAACUCAAACAACCAUCGAGCUCAUGCGUCCAUCGACUACACUCACCUGGAACUUGUAUAACGCCCAUUCGCAGAGGGGUCGCAGUACCAUAUCUUUAAUGCGUUCGAUUACCAACUCGUGGGCGCUUGGUGGGGAGUUGUUGCUCGAAUGGACCGAUCCGCGUUCACUGAUAACCGAAGCGGCACUCGCUGCACGAUACAGUAAGCAUAAUUACCAAAUAGCAGCAUCCGCAUCGCGUCAGGGUCUGGACAUCAGCUAUUGGCAGCGUAUACACCAACGCAUACAGAUGGCAACCAUGUUCGCCUGGCAUCGCAAAACACAGAAAACUAUCGCCACAAUUUGCUAUCAAUGGGAUUUUGAGGAUUCCGUUGUGCGCAGCAUGGUAAACUCUGACCUCUCAGUGGGCUUUCAGUAUUACCGUUCACUUCCACAUAUUCCGUGCGGCAUGGGUCUGAGUGCAUUGAUUAGUUUAUUAAACAAUCGCUUGGCAUUUGGUCUUAAAUUUGUGUUGGAUCCCAGUGGGCAAAGGCGCGGUGACUAAUGAGACGCACAGUGUCUGUGGCUUCUUUAAAUCAAUUAUAUUUUAAUAUUGAUUCCUUUAGAAAUCGAUUAAAAUCCAACACAACUUUUUAAUAUUUUAUUGUUGUAAUUAUGGCACAAAUGGAUAAGGAUCUCGGAAGGACUAGACUGGUAGAGCUACAUAUCAUCGCACACUUAAAACCACUCACUGUAGCAAAUAUUCGUUGGGAAGAGGCGGAUAAUUUUUUCGAUGAUGAAUUCUAACUUUACAAGAGUGUUAUCCAACUUGUUUACAUUGAAGAUUUUAAGAAGAACAUAGUUGAUGUUAUGGAAGGAGUCAAAAUUACGGUUUGUUCGGUUGAAUUCCCUAUUAAGUCCUCCCUGAGUGUUCGUAAUGGUAACAGAUACCAGAGUAUCACGACUAUGGCAGAAGCUGACUGGAAACAGUUCGCAGUUGGGAGGUAUCUAGUUAAGGUCUGAGUUUAUAGUUGAGUGCUCCUUGCUCUUCAAUAGCACAGCAUUCAAAUAUGUAUGAUGUAUUAUGCUGGUAGGGGCCAUAAAGAAAGUUUUUCUACAGGAAGUUCUCUUACAUCUUUUCCUCAUGUUUGUGAUCACGUCUAUACUGGCAAUCAACAAUUUUUAGGUCCAAAAGUAUUUCACUCGUUUCGAGCUCUGGGUAACUGUCAAACAACGAGCCUCCCUCAGGUUCAAAAGACCAAGACCCGUGGAUUCCAAGGGUUCAUCUACUGGUGUUGUGAGCUUGCACUAGAUGGUUUAAAACCACUUUAGGGUAACGCCAGCUUUUGAGUUAGUAAAUGACUUAAUGAAUAUUUUUUGGUAUUCGUUAUUACAGUUCCUCUUUUGCCUAUCGAAGCUACCAUAAAAAAUUAUUGAAUAUUCAACAGAGUGGAAAUAUUUAGCAAUCUCAAUAUCAAGAGGUCUCGGGAAUUGUAUGCUAUACAUGAUUUAGGAAAGAUGUAUGACUCAUACGAGUAUACCCAUCAUUCGAUUAAUAUACACACAUUUGUUUUAAAAGAAAAAAUGGGUUGCUCUUUAUAAUUAUGCAGUAGAGCGAAAUCCUUACAAGUGGCAACUCUAAAUUAAAAUUUUACGUUUACUCAUACACGGUAGGUGUUUAACACAACUCAGCACGAGACAGUCUGACGACGCUCACACCAACACUAUUCCAACAAAAGUUGAGCGGUUGGUUGCCGUUGCCCAUGUGUGUAUCGGGCAUACUUAAUGAAUUGUUUACAGUGUUAACAAAUUAUUGACACAUGAUCUCAUACCGCUGAGCUAAAGUGUCGAUUUAAGUAUACAAGUCUAUUUGUGUGUUUAUAUUUGUUUAGGUAUAGCCCGAGCAAGAACCAAGACAACGGCAAACACAAGAGGAACUUUAUGGCACAUCAGACCUUUAGCUAAUCAAUAGUUGCCCAUUUGACUGCGUAAUUAAAUGACUAGAUGAAGCUAAUUAGGUGCUUUUUAAAGGGAAACCAAGCUAUAGAUUGAUAUCUUGUGGCUAGAUGAAAAACUAAUAGAGUUAGCUCAUUUUAAGGGUUAAUAAAAUUAUAUGAGAGUUUGAAAAAGAUAGUUAGACAGUCUGUAUGAAAUGAGUAUACAUAUGUAUGUGUGAUGUGAAUGAUGAAAAAUGUAAGCAGUUACUAAGCUUCUUUUUAUCGAAAAUAAUUACAGCUUAAUACUAAC